AUGAUGUUCAAAAAUGCACCUGAGUUUAGGGAAGCUCUUAGGAAGUAUGUUGUGAAUAGAUGUGUGGAGGUUAAGAUGGUGAAGAAUGAACCAACCAGGGUUAGGGGACACUGCAAGAAGGAGGGGUUUGAAUGGCACAUUCUGGCUAGUAAGAUUGGGGCCACUGGAGACUUUAUGGUGAAGACUUAUGUUCCUCAGCACAAAUGCUUCAGAGCGUUCAAGAUUAGAGAAACCACUCAAAAUUUCUUAGUGGACUACUUCAGAGACAGGAUUACCAGUUUUAGCUACCUAAAGUCCAAAGAGUUAAAAGCAAGGGAAAUGAGGGAGUUGAAGAUUGAUGUGACUGACAUCAAAUGCAAGAGGGUUAAGAGAAUUCUGCUUGAAGAUUUAGAAGGCGAUUAUUUGGAGGAGUAUGGUUUGUUAUGGGAUUACAGAGAAGAACUACUGGCAACCAACCCAGGAAUAACAAUUGACCUCUUGACUUAUGGUAACACAAACCAGUUUGGAGCUAUCUACAUAUGCUUUGAUACUUUAAAGAAAAGGUGGAAGGCUGGGUGCAGGCCUUUGAUUGGACUUGAUGGCUUGGUGAAAUCAGAAAGCAAAGCUACUUGGGUGUGGUUUUUGAAACAUCUGGUUACUGAUCUUGAUCUUGGAGAUGGAAGCAUGUUGGCGCAGCGGGAUUUGACUCGAAUCCCAUCAGAAAUAUCCGGUCACUGA